AUGCAACAGCAGUCGGGCAUUCAGAGUUACGUACCACGUGUCGAAGCCAAGAUCCGCGCUUUGGGCAAUCAAAUCGAGACGAAUAGAGUGCUGCAGGUUGCGCUCAAAGGACUGCGGGAGGCUUGUCUUAACUCUGAUGAGUUCUACGUACUCGUCCAUCAACUGCUCCAUGUUUGGUUGAUUGACAGGAACCAGGCCUGUAUGGCUCUUGCUCGUGCUCCAAUAGAGCCACCUGACAUACAUUGUGCCUUUUCCAUAUUGUCCUCGCUGCUUGAUUACACUGGCAAUGCGGGCGACAGGCACCGGAUUUGGUUCGCUACUUUUCCAGAAACCUCGGUAGCAAUGUCGUCGGCACGAAUGGCACCCGACCAAAUGUCUCUGAUAGCAAGGUUUCUCUCGAACCUUGCAACGAAGUGGGAGCAAUAUGUGCAUCGAUUUCGCCAGAAAGAAAUACCUGCGACAUCUUACAUUAUGACACACCAGUUCCAGUGUCGAUCACCGUUGCUACGACAAAUGUUCUACUUGUUUACCAGACGGGGGUUUGUUCCAGAUGAUUACGCUACGGACCUGAACGAACAUUGGCAAAUGGAAGAUUACGCUGAGCAGGCAGCACUUUCAGGCAUUGGCAAUCAGAAACAACUUGCGGGUCUCCGGGGCCUUAAUGAAUCUCGAUACAAGAAGCUGAUCCAAGCCUACAGAGUCGGCCAAGCCGCGACACCUCAGCAGGUACAAUCAUACGCCGUGCCUCACGCUCCACAGCAGCAGCCCUUACCCUCUGGACAUCAACCACACUGGCCGCAUCGAAACAACGUGCAACAGCAGGUUCACGCACAACAGCAGCCCGCGCCUUGGCCCCAAAACCCGCAGCCUCCAGGCCAAUGGGCUCAACUCCCGAACCCAGCUCAGCCGACUUCAGCCCAGCAAGGAUUUGAACCCUGGCAGAUGCAAAGGCAGUUGGAGGGACAGGGUCAACGCGGGAUUGGAGCGCCCCAACACCAUCAUGUCACUCAUGGUCAACCGAACCGCUUACAUCAUGUCCAGAACGCGCCACACCAAACCCACCAGUGCCAGAAUUGCGCCCAGCACACAAAUCCAUCCAGCUCACGCUCAGUACACCCACCAGUUAAACCAUCAGGUGGCCCACGGCAUCAUGUUCCUGGUGCUGCAAUGAUGUACAAUGGACCUGAGCAACCUCAACCUCAAUCUCAACCCAUCCAUAGUCCCUCCUUGCACGAAGCGUCUUCUCCGAGCCUGCGGUCGCCGAUGACCACGAAUACACCGACGAUGGCCGCUGUCACUGAUAUAGCCAGGCCUACUGGCAUUGGAGGGUCCUCUACGAGAAGCAACGCCGCCCUGGAACCCAUAGGGCUGGGAAACUCGGCAAGGCAGGACCAUGUUGCGCCUGAUGGGUCUGCUGCCGCCGCUCGAACUUCGACGCAGGUAGGUCCUGCGUUCGUUCCGCCAUCGAAUGCUGCGGCUGCGCAACAACAGCUUCCAACGGUACCAAGUCCGAUAUCAACGCCUACCGUCCAACAGCGCACCGUGCCUGGGCCUCGACGAACCGUAAGGGUCAUUCCCCCGCAUAGGUAUCCUGUGACGGGGCCGAAUACUUGGGAAACCGUGCAGAUGGCUGCGCAUCUGCCACAACUCCGCAGCCCGUCACGGAAGCCUACGAAUGGUUCCGCUGGCAGGCACUACCAGUACAUUGAAGGUUUUGCAGUGGCGCCAGUGCUGGUGGGCGCUGCCACAAGAGUCAAGGCACUCGAGUUUGACGUCUCUGCUGCUCAGCUGGCGGCAUUGCCCACAAAAGCAGUGGACCACUCUGGUCUCCCAGUACGGCUUUUCUCGCACGGCACGUAUCGUUGGCGGCUGCGCUGCUUGACGCAGUCGGGGCCGGACUCUGACAAGGUCUGCAUGUCGGAUUGGGCCGUUCUGCCAAAUUCGUGGCCUGCAGAGUGUUAUGUUCAGAUCAACGACCAACCGAUCCAACUCGGUCGGAAGCAGCACUUCAAACGCGACUUGCCUGCUGAGCUGAGCGACUUUCUUAUCGAGGGUCGGAACAAGGUCAAAAUAAGCGUGCCCAAGAACAAGAAGAAUGUGGCUGGAGGGCUGCACUUCUUCUUUGCCGUGGAAUGCGUGGUUACACGACAGCACGAUGACCUCGUGCAAUCUAUUACCACCAGGCACACCAUCGAUGCGGAGCAGACAAAGGAUGCUAUCGCGCAGCGGCUCCAGGCAGCUCACGAUGAUGAAGAAGUGGCUUUUGCCUCGAAUGACCUUACCGUCUCCUUGGCAGACCCCUUUAGCUCAUUGCAAUUCACCGUGCCAGUGCGGGGGAAAGCCUGCAAGCACCUGGAAUGCUUCGAUCUUACCCACUGGCUCAACACGAGGAGCGGGAAGAAGACGGCGGGGAGGACGUCCGCAGAGGAACCCUCGGCUGUCGAUGAGUGGAAAUGCCCCAUUUGCGGCGCAGACGCGCGACCGUCAACGUUGGUCGUCGACCUCUUCUUGAAAGGCGUCCGGGACAGCCUCGUGGAGGCUGGUCGUCCGAUGGUCAAGUCUAUCCAGGUUGCCGCAGAUGGCGCGUGGACUGCUGUUGAUGAGCCCGAUGACCUGGACACGGACGAUGGAGAACAAACGUCUUUCGCCGCAGCGAGGCAAGUCAACAAGUCCACAGUGAUUGAAAUUCUGGAUGAUGGUUGA